GCACAUCUGAAAAGAUACAGCUGCCAAGAAAGUGGAAGGGAGUGAAGCAGAAGAGAAAGCACCCUGCCACAGGAAGCUUGGUAAAAAUGAAGAUGGUUUCAGUGCUGCUUCUGCUAAGCACCCUUCUGGGUACCCCUGCGGCACCUUCCCGGCAUCCUUCCUGUUACAGGAGAGCCCUCAAAGACCACAACUGUGACAGCAUCCUCGACAGCACAGAGAACCUUCGCCAAAUCGAUGAUGGUCUGCAAAAUCACUUUUGGGAAGGGAAGGGCUGUGACGUGAUCUGUUACUGCAGCUGGAAUGAAUUGCUCUGCUGCCCAAAGGAUAUUUUCUUUGGACAGAAGGUAUCUUUUGUGAUCCCCUGCAACAGUCAAUGAUGGAUAUCAAGUCUGCCAGUGAAGACAACAGACAACAUUUUACAAUCACAUAAUAACGCUUUCAAGAGGGAAAACAAAACCACCACCAGAAUAAAACUUCAUUCUAACC